UAAUUAUUUUAUGUUUUAAUUAUAUUAUGUAUUGUAUUCACUAAUCACUACCCUGUGAGCCUGAAGACUAGUCUAAAAGCUCUAUCUCUGCUCCUAUCUCUUUCCGUCUCCUUUACCUGCUCACUCAAUUGAGUCAAUUCUGCUUUUUGGUGACCAAAACAACCAUAAGAGUAGUUGUUCACCGUCUCUUCUUCUCCAUCUCUGCUUAUGAAUAUGCAAUCUACAAUGUCGAACUCGAAUCAGUUCAAGAAACCAUGAGGGUCGACAGGAUUGCUAUCAAUUUCUGUCCUUUUCUUCUUCUUCUUUUUCUUCUAGUUCCUUCAUUAGCUCUCAACACUGAUGGGGUGCUUUUGCUUUCUUUCAAAUAUUCCAUACUUGGAGACCCGUUGUCAGUUUUACAGAGCUGGAACUACGACGAUAAGACGCCAUGCUCGUGGAAUGGAGUGACCUGUACUGAAAUGGGGAACCCAGGCUCACCAGACAUGUUCAGAGUCACUAGCUUGGUUCUUCCAGACAGUCAGCUUCUGGGUUCAAUCCCAAUCAAUUUGGGUUACAUCGAACACCUUCAAAAUCUUGACCUCUCAAACAAUUCCUUAAAUGGGUCCUUGCCUAAUUCCAUUUUCAACAAUACUGAGCUUAAAGUGCUCUCUCUCUCAGGCAACAAUAUCUCUGGUGAGCUACCUGAGUAUAUCGGUACUUCGAGGAGUCUACAGGUUCUGAAUCUCUCUUAUAAUGCCAUGGCCGGUAAGAUACCUGAAAACUUGACUAAUUUGCAGAAUCUCACAGUAGUUUCAUUGAAAAAUAAUCAAUUUACUGGUACUGUACCAAGUGGGUUUAGCUUUGUUGAAGUGCUGGAUUUGUCUUCAAAUCUACUAAAUGGGCCUUUGAAUCUAAACUUCAAAGGGGAGAGCUUGCGCUACUUAAAUCUCUCUAACAAUAUGAUUACAGGCUCAAUAUCGAAUGAAUUUGCGAAAGGUAUUCCAGAGAAUGCUACAAUUGAUCUGUCAUUUAACAAUCUGACUGGAGCAAUUCCAGAGUAUGUGUCUCUGCUUAACCAGAAAACAGAGUCUUUCACUGGAAAUGUAGAGCUUUGUGGGAAACCAUUGAAGAACCUCUGUUCAGUUCCUUCAACUCUCUCAACUCCACCCAAUGUGACCACAACAUCUCCAGCCAUAGCAGUCAUACCCAGAACAUUUGACUCAAACCCCAGUUCAGAUUCUCUAGGAACACCAAAUAGUACCCAAAAUCAAGCCCAGAUUUCGCUAAAACCAGCCACGAUAGUUGGAAUUGUCAUGGCAGAUUUGGCUGGUUUGGCCGUCCUCGCAUUGGUAAUUCUGUACGUUUAUCAAUUGAAGAAGCGAAAACAUUCCCAACAGAACCACGACAACCCGCUCAAGGCAGAGAAGUUAACAGAUAUUGUGGUGGUUGCAAAGUCAGAUUCAAGAAAAUCGAAAGCAUGUUCAUGCCUAAACGGAGAAGAAACAUCAGAAUCAGCCACCUCCGACAGUGACCACGACGAGCCAAACAGAGUUGUAGUCGAUCUCCACCAAAACGAAACAGAGCACAAAGGAGGAACCCUUGUGACAGUAGACGGCGAGACAAAUCUUGAAGUGGAGACAUUGUUGAAGGCAUCGGCAUAUAUUUUGGGUGCAAGCGGAGUGAGCAUAUUGUACAAGGCCGUGCUUGAAGAUGGGACUGCGUUUGCUGUGAGAAGGAUUGGAGAGAAUAGGUUGGAGAGACUCAAGGAUUUCGAGCAUCAAGUGAGAUCAAUUGCUAAGCUGCGACACCCGAACUUGGUUAGGGUUCGUGGGUUUUACUGGGGAGACGAUGAGAAGCUCGUUAUCUACGACUACGUCUCCAAUGGCAGCCUGGCCACCACCAGUUCCAGAAAAGUGGGUUCUUCACCAUAUCAUCUACCUCUUGAAGUCCGAUUCAGAAUAGCAAGAGGAGUGGCUCGAGGAUUAGCCUACAUUCACGAGAAGAAACACGUCCAUGGCAAUAUCAAACCAAACAACAUCCUCUUCAACUCCGGCAUGGAGCCAAUGAUCGCUGAUUUUGGGCUCGACCGCCUUGUCUCGGCCAACUCUAGCUUUAAAGCAAGCAACUCAGCCAGGAAUUUGGGUGGCCAAGACAAUGCCUGCAGCCCUGGCUCGUCUAUGUCCAGUAAUACGUCACCUUAUCAAUCGCCCGAGUCGCUGAAGAACCUGAAGCCAAACCCCAAGUGGGAUGUCUACUCGUUUGGGAUGAUUUUGCUUGAACUUCUGACGGGGAGAGUGUUGUCUGACCGUGAGUUGGAACAUCACUGGUCGGUGAUGGAGGAGGGUAAGAACAGGGUUUUGAGGAUGGCUGACGUGGCAAUAAGGGAUGACGUGGAGAGAAGUGAGGAGGCCAUGCUGGCAUGUUUUAGGUUAGGGUUUAGCUGUGUCUCUUUUCUUGCUCAAAAGCGACCCACCAUGAAAGAAGCCUUCCAUAUCUUGGAGAAGAUCAGUCCUAGCACUCGUUCUUCAGGCUAAAAUGGUGAUGAUGAUGAUUUGGGGGUCCCACUAAAGUGUUUAUUGUUGGAUUAAAGUGUGUUAUUAGUUACUUUGUUAUGUUAUCCUUUGUUGACUUGAACGAUCGAUGUUGCAUGCAUUAUAUGUAUAAAGCAGUAGGAAAGCAUUGUUGAUAUCUGAUCAUAAUACCUAAUAUGACUGAAGGUGUUGCAUG